GCAAAACUGCUCAGUUGAAUGCGAUCUUUAACGGGGCCUUUGACAAGUUCAGAUUUGUCCAAUUCUGGUAAUGGACCUCAGCUCAGAGUUGCUUACCAGGGUCUUCCUGGUGCUUAUAGUGAAUCUGCAGCAGCAAAGGCGUACCCGAACUGUGAGGCGGUUCCCUGCGAACAGUUUGAAAGUGCCUUUGAUGCUGUUGAACGUUGGCUUGUUGAUCGUGCAGUGCUACCAAUAGAAAAUUCAUUAGGUGGUAGCAUACAUCGCAAUUAUGACCUUUUACUUCGCCAUAAAUUACAUAUUGUUGGUGAAGUGAAAUAUGCAGUACGACAUUGUUUACUAGCCAACUAUGGUGUGAAAUUACAAGACCUGAAAAGAGUUCUCAGUCAUCCACAAGCUCUUGCCCAGUGUGAGCACACACUAACGAAGUUGGGAGUUGUUAGAGAAGCUGUUGAUGAUACAGCAGGUGCAGCACAGUUUGUUGCUUCCAACAAGCUUCAAGAUGCAGGGGCAGUUGCAAGUGCAUUAGCCGCUGAGAUCUAUGAUCUGAAUAUUCUUGCCAAUGAUAUUCAGGAUGAUACUGAUAAUGUAACUCGCUUCUUAAUGCUUGCACGAGAACCCAUUAUUCCAGGCAUUGAUAGACCGUUCAAGACAAGCAUAGUUUUCUCCUUAGAAGAAGGGCCUGGUGUUCUUUUCAAGGCACUAGCUGUUUUUGCCAUGAGAGAGAUCAACCUCACAAAGAUCGAAAGUCGACCUCGGAAUAAAAAGCCCUUCCGUAUAGCUGACGAAGGAGUCAAUGGGCCUCUAAAGUACUUUGAUUAUCUCUUCUAUGUUGAUUUUGAAGCAUCAAUGGCUUCACAAAAUGCUCAGAAUGCCCUUAGGCACCUUAAGGAAUUUGCAACAUUCUUGAGAGUUCUAGGAAGCUAUCCAAUGGAUAUAAGCCAGACAUGAAGAUAUUUGCAGGCAUAUCAAAGCAGUGGGACCUACUGUUGAUCGAAUUCUAACGAAAUACGCUCUCUACUGCAGAUGAGAGGAAUAUUAGCAUUUUUAAGGAGUAAUGGCAGAUUGGCGUUUAUGAAUACUAUUAUAACAGUAGGUAACCCUUAGGAAGUAGACCUGUAUUUUUAGCGAUAGCACAACUGUACAAGAGAGAAGGAAGAAAGGGAGUGGCAUAUUCUAUUGUGUACUUAUAUCUGUGUCAUUUAAUGUAGAGUUUGAUCAUUAUCUUGACAGGUUCAGUUUUUCGUUUGAAUUUCAGUUUAAACACGAACAUAUGAAAAUUCCCGCUCGAAUAACUUGGACUGUUGGGCAGAGAAAAAUUUCUGAGAUAGUUGACAAUAUGAAUCUUUAAACAUUUGACAAGCUUGUUAAAAUUCGUAGUAUGAGUAUGUUCAAAUUUACAUUCAGAUACAAAUUUGACACAAACUUCCCUGUAAAUUGAGUUGAGUUGCAAGUCUGAAAAACUUGCUAGGUUAUUUGGUAAUUUUAAUAAUAUUUAAAGUCAAUACUAUCUUACUGCACGGCAUGUUUACCUUCAAUAAAAACCAAGCUCAUUAUAAUUUAUUGUGGUUAAAGCAUAUCCAUCUAUUAAUUGCCUGUUGUAGUUCUACUUUUAUUUUGCUUGCAGAGGGUGAAGAUGGAAAGAGCUGCGUGCAAUUGUUAAGAAAAGGAUAUGUUAGGGCAUUUGAAAUUUUGAAAUGGAUCAUAUAGUUAGGUCAGAGCAGCAGAGGGACGUCAAUUAUCCAGAAUCAUAUCUUUGGUUUGGAAUUUUGACUUUUUUGCUUCUAAAAUGUACAGCACCUUUGCAGAAUGAAGAAGGAAUGGUCCUUUUAUUUUU